AUGCCUCUAAAAAACAAGUAUGCAGUUUUAAAAAUAGGAAUAGAAUAUAAUUACCAUGAGGACGUAAGCGAAAUAGAUGAUAUUGAUAUAGAUUUUUUGGUAUGUAAACUGUUUAAAGAGAGCACCACAGACGGUAAUCUUAUUAUUCCGUCUGAAUAUACUUCUUCUCUAUAUUCUAAAUUAUCGAAUACAUAUAAAGUAGAUCCCCUUUUUGGGAAUAAAUUUAAUGAUAGAGAAAUUUGGAAAACAAAGAUUUACGGUUUAAUAUCUGAAUGGAUUGAUACAGAUAACCCCAAUGAGCAUUUUAGUUCAUACAGUAUUGAUGUAUUAAACAAAGAAAUACAAUGGACUAGUUAUAUAUUAAUACCAAAUUUAAUUAUUAAUACACCAUCUUAUAAUAAAUGUGAUAAUUAUGCAAGAUGUAUUAAUGCGAAUAUUCAUAAUUAUAACGGAGUAUCCAUAAUAGUAAGGAUACCAAUAGCUAAAAAAAUUGAACACACGAAUUUGUAUAGUAGUAAUUCCCACAAUGCUAAUUGUGCAAAAUCCUACAAAAUUAUAAACGGGUGGAAUGUUUGGGCAAAAUUUAUCUCCUACUGUAAUUAUAAUAUAUCCCAUAUGAACGUAGGCUUGGAACUUGUGAAUGUAAAAGACUUCGAAAUUAAUGAUAUAAAUUUAGAUGUAUGGAAAUCAGAACCCGUAAAAUUAAUUAUAAUACCAUUGAAUUCAUUUAUCAUUGAUUCUAAAAGUGGAUACCCAUAUUUACCAAAAAAAUUAAAAGAUUUGUUAAUAUUCUUUUUUAGAAGAAAUAUUGAGAUAGUAUUAACUGGAUGGAAAGAAAGAUUGAAUCAUUUGUAUUAUCAAGAUAAUGGUAAAAAAGACGUAGAAGGAAUUAAUGAAAAAAUAAACUCAGAUACAAGUUACUUAAAAUUUUGUAUGUAUUAUUUAAAAAGACUUUUUAUGUCUAUCGAAAAUUUUGAUAACGAAACUUUAUUUGACCAUGCAUACUGGGACUACCUACAAAUACCUUUGCAACCGUUAAAGGAUAAUUUAUGCUCUCAAAUAUAUGAAAUAUUCGAAAAAGAUAAAAUGAAAUAUGAACAGUAUGAAUUAGCUAUUAGUAAAUACUUAUCCAAACGACUCCAAAAUAGUAGUAAUAAUAGUAAAACAGUAAGUAGUAUAGAAUUCACUAUUUUUGUCGUAGGAGCAGGAAGGGGACCACUUGUUGACUCCACCUUACGUGCCCUUGAAAAAAAUAAAAUUACCAAUUAUGAAAUUUAUGCUGUAGAAAAAAAUGAUAGUGCUAUUUUAGUUCUUGAAAAUAGAUUGGAAGAAGAAGAAUGGAAAAAUGUUAAGGUUAUUCAUAGUGACAUGAGAUAUGUACAAAUAGAGAAAAAAGCAGAUUUGAUUGUUAGUGAAUUGUUAGGUUCAUUUGGUGAUAAUGAAUUAUUUCCGGAGUGUCUAGAUGGAAUACAAAAAUAUUUAAAGAAGGAUGGGGUAAGUAUACCCAAAAAUUGUUUAUCUUAUGUUGAGCCUAUAUCUUGUUCUAGCCUCUAUCAUAAAAUAUGUCACAAUUCUUUUUCAGGAAAUAAUGAAAUGUUUUAUGUAGUCAAUUUAUAUUCUUAUUGUAAAAUAUCGGAAGAACAACCAAAAGAGUGUUUCUAUUUUGAAAUACCCAAUAAAGAUAUUAAAAAGGACAAUACUCAUAAUAAUCGUUAUAAAAAUAUUAAUUUUAAAAUUAAAUUAGAUUCUUAUUUGCAUGGUUUCUUAUGCUAUUUUAAAAGUCAAUUAUAUGAUGAUGUUUAUAUAUCAAUUGAACCAAUUACUCAUACCAAAAAUAUGCAUAGUUGGUAUCCAUUAUUUAUCCCUAUAAAUAAAAUCAUUUUUUUAAGAAAAGAACAACAUCUGUCUCUGAGUAUUUGGAGACUAACUGAUUGUCAUAAAAUUUGGUAUGAAUGGUGUAUCAAUGAACCCAUUACAACAAGCAUUCACAAUUUCAAUGCUCGACAUUUUUUUAUCGGAAAAUAA